AUGGAUAUUAUAACGAUGAUUGAAGUACCAGAUGGAUUUGAUCAAGCUUAUCCUGAGGAAAAUCCUGGUUUGUUCGAGGGUGACAUGGAGCUGAUGCCUGAACAAGAAUCAAAUCUUAGAAAUGCUAUAGGAGAUACGAGAUAUCUUUGGCCACAUGGUGUUGUUCACUAUACUAUCGAUAGCCAUCAUGCAGCAAUUCCAUCACACGUCCAGUUGUUCAAGGACGCCAUGCAGGAAAUCAUGGAUAAAACCAUGGUAAAUGGCAAGAAGUGCAUAGACUUCAGGCCAAGAACAAAUGACGCUGCCUACAUCCAAUUCACAUAUGGAUCGGGCUGUCAUACACCUGUUGGUUACCAUGGCAGACGUGCUGACGUAACAUUAGGAACAGGAUGCCUGAGGAAAGGAACUGUGAUGCAUGAAAUUUUACAUGCUCUCGGUUUCUGGCACGAACAAAGUAGAGCUGACAGAGACAACUACGUCAAAAUUCACUUCGAAAACAUUCAACAUGGACACGAAAGAAACUUUGAUAAAUACAAGGUAGGACCUCAACUAGAUAUGUUGAACGAACCUUACGACUAUGGAUCCGUGAUGCACUACAGCGCCUAUGCUUUCGCCAUCAACAGACGACAAGUCACCAUUGAGACUCUGCAGCCCGGCGUGACGAUCGGUCAACGUGUUCGACUGAGCGACAUCGAUGCCAAAGAAAUUCAGAUUCGUUACGGCUGUAUUCCUAGACCUGGAUCACCACCAGGUGGCGCUGUAACAGGGGCUACCUCUGCUCCUCAGGUCACAGUGCAUCAUCAGACCGCCACCCCACAUACAUUCCCAUCCAAUGGAGCUGCUACAUGCACUUUUGACAAUGGACUUUGUGGAUGGACCCAAUCCACAACAGAUAACCUUCAGUGGACAGAUGGACAUGGACGUACACCUAGUGCCAAUACCGGACCCACCACUGACCACUACGGAAGUACUUCAGGACAUUACCUUUAUAUGGAGGCUUCUGGCCAUUAUCAAAAGACAGCAAAAUUAGACUCGCCAUCUUACCCAGCUGGUCAGUACUGCUUCAGCGCUUACUUCCAUAUGUAUGGACAACAGACCGGGUAUCUGUCAUUCAAUCUUAUCCAGCACGGCCACACCUACCACAUGAAGAGGUAUACUGGUGAUCAUGGCAACAGGUGGCUUCAUCUUAGACUCAGUGUUAAUAUCCACGCUACCUUCCAGUUUGAGAUUGAAGGACAUACCGGAAGUGGUUAUCAUAGUGACUUAGCCAUUGAUGACCUAUCCGUUACACCUGGCCACUGUUAGUAGUCCAUUUGUUUCUUAAAAAUUU